AGAACAUUGACCAUAACUCGUCCAACCUUCAAAACAACAACUCAUCAUAAACUAAAGGCUCAAAGAAUCCGACAAGAGUCAUCCGAGCAUUCACUAUUACCAAGCAGAGACAAUGUCUGAUCCUUCUCCGCAACACCGCCAUUCACUCCGCAAGUAUCCCGCAAUUCUUUGUAAUCUCAAAAGGCGUCACCAUUCACUAUAUAGCAUGUCUCAUUCGGCAUUAAUCAAACCAUUCAUUUCUUAUCAUCUCUUAACCUCACUUCUCUACCCUCUUCGCCCUUCAGUCCCACCCAUUUCCAACCAACAACCAUGCCCCCAAUCCGCAUUGGCUUCGUCGGCCUUUCCUCCCGACAAUCCUGGGCCGUAUGGGCCCAUCUCCCCUACCUUGCCACCACCUCCAAAUACACUAUAGUCGCUCUCUGCAACUCUAGCGUCUCCAGCGCCCGCGCCGCUAUCACCGCACACAACCUCCCUCCGACCACAAAAGCCUACGGCUCCCCUGCCGACCUCGCGGCAGACCCGGAUAUCGAUCUCAUCGUCUGCUCCGUACGCGUCGACAAACACUACGCCGUCCUUCAGCCAGCGCUGCAAGCAGGAAAAGACGUGUUCUGUGAGUGGCCACUCGCAAAGGAUCACGCAGAGGCGGAGGAAAUGCUUAUGUUGGCGAAGGAGAAGGGAGUGAGGACUUUGGUGGGAUUGCAGGCCCAUGUGUCUCCUGCUUUACGCAAGAUUAAAGAGAUCGUGGAGAGUGGGAGGAUUGGGAAAGUGUUGAGCUCGUCGUUUCACGGGACGCCGAAGUUUUUUGGGGAGACAGAAAGCGAAGGUUUGGGGUAUACGCAUGAGAGGAGAAAUGGGGGGAAUAUGUUGACGAUUUAUGGGAUGCAUUCCCUUGAAGCUAUAACCUUUGUCCUCGGGCCCUUAGCUACCUACACUCCCCUCCUCUCCAUCUCCAAACCGACAACCGACCUCCUCAACUCCUCUGGCCAAACUGUCCGCACAAUCCCCCGCACCUCGCACGACCAAAUCCUGCUCCAAGGCACCCUCACCUCCUCCGCCGUCCUCUCCUACCACCUCCGCGGCGGCCCCGCCUUCUCUAACACUUCUGGCCUCAUCUGGCGUAUCUACGGCUCUAGCGGGGAGAUCCAAAUCACGGGGCCUGACACAUAUCUCCAGAUCUCGGACGAUAACCUGAAGAUCGAGGUGUUUGAGCAUGCAGCGGGAACGACGGAGGUUGUGGAGGUGGAGAAAGAUAAAUGGAGCGGGGAUGGGUUGUUUGGGAGGAAUAUUGCGAGGUUGUACGAGGAGUUUGCGGAGGGGAAGGGGGUGGAUGACGGGGUGCUGGAUUGGGGAGUUGCGGUGGAGAGACAUGCGUUUGUAGAAGAGGUGUAUAGAAAGGCGGGGGUGGAUGUAAAGUGA